AGCGUUGGGCCCUUAUCCAUGACACUCAUGGUGCCAGGUACUCCAUCAUGACAACGAACAUAGCGGAGGCGUUCAACAAUGUCCUGAAGGGAGUACGGGGCCUCCCGUUGUGUGCCAUUAUUGAGCUCACAUUCUACAGAACGGUGGACUACUUUCGAGACCGUGGUAAUGCUGCUAUGAAGUGCAGCACACGGUUUUCACCUAAGGUGGAGCAAAUCAUAUCAAGAAGGAGGAGCAAGGCACACUUUCAUCGGUCGAGGAUCUACGACUUGGCUAACAAUGACUUUGAGGUCAUGUGCCGCCGUAGGUAUGCUUCAGGGUAUAGCGCCGGGGACACCGUGCAGCAAUGUCAACUUGGACCUAACGAGGUGAAGUGCACAUGCAAUAAGCCAAAACUGCACCAUAUCCCGUGCUCGCAUGUCUUAGCCGCUUGCAGGGACAUAGGUGGCAAUGACGGAUCACAGUACGUAUCACCGUACUUCACGAUCGAUGCAUUGAGGAGCACAUGGCUUCCGAAGAUGCGGUCCUUUAACAUCGGAACCAACUACAAAUCGAUCGAGGGCCCUAAGUGGGUACCUUAUCCACAAGCACGACGCACAGAUCCUGGAAGGCCUAGAUCUACGAGGCUGCAAGGUGACAUGGAUGAAGCAGAUGCUGUUGAUGGCCUUCGCAGUUGCAAACUUUGCAAACAACCUGGACAUGACAGGAGGACUUGCCCGACCCGUCAGUAAACUAUCAGCCCACUGUCAAACUGAACUGUCUUAGAGACUUUGUAUUGUAAAAUGUUAUUCACCUGUUAGUUGUACUACUUAUUGUGCAUUAUGUGGUUUGCACUGUACCCCUUUAGACAAGAAGUGACCAUUGUAUUGUAAAUGUAAUUUUAUUUAUUUAUUUCGUGUUUCUUAAAUAUUCAUGGAUCCGUGUUUUGAUGCAGAGACAGAGCGUAGGUAGUCAGUGAGCAAGAAAUCUAUGGCGGGAUCCUCUAGUACAGGCUUUCCAUGGACACCUGCAACGAUCGCUAUAGCACUUAAUGCCUCCUUACAGGUUGUGCGCGAAGGAAACGAUGAUCCGUUAAAGGAGAACAACAUAAUCCAAGCCGUGGUGAAAUUGCAUGCAAGACCCAUAUGUUCUAGGUUAACCGCGCCACUCCAAUGUGUAACCACCGAGGACCUUAGGGCCCUCUUGUAUCACCGGCGUCAAAUGUAUCUGAGGGUCCGCGAACUGGCCGACCAUCCUUCUGUGAUAGGUUUCUCUAGGAGGCAAAGAACGAUAGUAAUGUCGCCAGACCAGUAUGCAUCCCAUAUUCAGGUAUGUCAUAUAAACAUUUGGUCACCCUACUUAUCUUA